CUUUUUUAUAAACGCGCAAGAAAAUAUAUUUUCAUACAUACGUACACCAUUUUAAUUUUAUCGUUGCACAGUUGCACGCUUCUGAUAUUACGUAGGCGUAUUCAUAAAAUUCCAAUUAUUUUUUCUUUUUCUUCUUGUGCUUCUUUUUGCCAGUUCCUCGAUCGGUUCUUCGAAUUUUUAUAAUCGGAGAUGGAGGUACUACCGUUGGUAAAGGUAUAUAAUUUCGUGGUAAUUUAAACUCGAGUUCAAGGGCCUUUUUUAAAUCGUCAUUGGGAGUUAUUUGUCUUAUAGAUUUUAAUAAAAACAUUUUUUCGUCUGGAGCCUUCGGAGGUGGUUCUUCGUUAGGGAUUAUGUUCAUUCUGGUACAACCUUCUCGACACUUUUUGCCUAAAUAUGAAAAUAACGAUUCUUUUCAUCGGAUUCAGAAUAUAUCCAAAAUCAUGAAGAUAUAUUUUAUACCGUAUGCAUCCGCGCAAUUGCUGUCAAUGUUAAAAGACGACUCCUCGGCACGCUUAGAAACUUUAAUGGAUAUACGAGUAUCGCCAAUUUCUUGCGAGACUUCGCUGUAAGGAGCCUCGAUAUUGAUGAACUCGUUCGUUGGAUGAUAACAUCUCGUGCAAACACAUUCGUUAUUCAUAUUUGAUGGGGAAAAAAAUCAAUAAUACAAUUUGUUAUAUUUGUUGCUUUUUUUCUUUUUUUUUUUUCUUUUUACCUAAGAAAAUUGCACUGUGCUUUAUGAGAUUGUAAUGUACACAUUUAAUUUACGCCAUUUUGAAAUACUUGAAUAACAAAGAAAAUGGAUAAUGUUAAUUAUCCAUCUUAAAGUAAAAAGAAAUUGAAUUCAUAAAUUUAUAAAUAUAGGUUCUUUCCUGUGAAAGUAUAAAUAUUUCGAAAGAAAGUGAGAAAGUAAGUCUGAUUCAUCUUUUGUUUUUAGCGCCUUCCAACAAUUUCAGCUCUAUGGCCUAUUACACUAUAAUGCAAUGCAAUGUAAUGUUGGUUGGCCGUUAAUCACUUAAUUGGCAAUCGCUCAUUGGCUGGCGAUUUAUCUCAGGAAUGUCAACUUCUUUUUAAUGGCUAAGAUAUAGGAAAUCAUAAUAGUCCUAUCGAUCGAUAAAGUAUUUAAAAAUGCAUUAUUUUAUUAUACACUAGCAAUGUCAGUAAUGCGUGAUAGCUCAUUGGCUAGCGCCUUAUCUCAGAAAUGUUAACUUCGUUUUAGUAACUAAAAUAUGUAGAUCCUAAAAAAUCCUAAUUAUCAAUGAAGUAAUAGGGAAACCCUCAGUUCUUUUAAUAUCUGCGAAGAGGAACUGUAUGUUAAAGUUUAUAAAUGAUGUCGUUUGAUUAAUCGAAAAAUAUUUAGUAAUACAGAAAGUGUGUAUAAUUGACGUACGAUCAUUGAAAAUAUUAAUCCAUUUAUUGAGAACAAUAAAAUCAUCAAAUUUUUGAUGAAAUAUAUUUUUUUAUAUACAGGAAAAUUUAUUACAGCAAAAUAUGGGUAAUUCACAACCUAACCAAUACAAUGUACCAGAAACUGUAUACGAACAGAAUAAAGUAAACGAAACAAGUAAGAAAUCUAAAGACAAUACUAAGUUAACUACAAAGAAUGCGAGAACUACGCAGAAAAGUCAGAGUUAUGGACCAGUAGAAACGAAGAAAAACGAUAAUUAUAAAGUAAUAGAUUUAAGAUGUUCAAAUCUAUAUAGUAAUACAUAUCCAAAUAAUCCACAUCCAUAUAGUACACAUCCAAAUAGUACGCAUCCUAAUAGUACGCAUCCUAAUAGUACGCAUUCAUAUAGUACAUAUCCAAAUAGUACGCAUUCAUAUAGUACAUAUCCAAAUGGUACAUCUCCAAAUGGUACAUCUCCAAAUGGUACAUCUCCAAAUGGUAUACAUCCAAAUGGUACAUAUCCAAAUAAUACAUAUUUAAAAAGUAUACAUCCAAAUAAUACAAAUACAAAUAAUAUAUAUCCAAAGCUACAAAGUAUAUAUUCAGAUGAUACCAAACCGUCUUGUCCCACUAAGGAAGAAUUAUAUGAUAAUAAAUCUAUACAAAAAACACAGAAUGUAUCGACUGAGAAAAAGGAUAACAUAAAGACUAUGAUUAAACCUCCACCAAAUUUAGUAGACAUAAAAAAUUUCAUGACAUCCUGGACCAUAUGGAAAGAACAGUUAAUGAUAUUUUUGAACCUAAUGGAUGAAAAAAAGGAAAAGUAUCAUCUGUGGGGAAAUUUUCUUUUGAAUUUCAUGGGUGUGGUCAGCCAGGAAAUUCUUGAUAAAUUAAUAUUUAAUCCAAAUGAAAAUAAAAGUAAUUUCUCAGUAUUAAUUAAUAAGUUUAAUGCAUAUUAUAAGUUCAAUACAACUACUAAAUCUGAGAAUGAGAGCAUCAUGGAUUAUAUGGAAAGAUUGAAGAUGGAUGCCGUUAAAGAUAUGAAAAAUGUCGAUUAUAUAUUAAAACAGAAAUUGGCAAGCGAUAUAGAAAAGCAUUGCAAAGAACGAUUCAUUGCAUUAGCCACUUGUAAAUUGCCAGAUUUCAAUUUUAACAAAACAUUUAAAGUUUUAACAUUAGCAGAAAUUGCUUUUUUAUGGAAUUUGUGCAUUCAAUCAAAUUGUGAAAAAAACAAAAAUUGCAAUUACUGCGGUAAGUUCCAUUUAGAGGGACAAUGUUUAGCGAAAGGUAAAGAAUGCAACAAGUGCAAGAGAAGAAAUCACUUUGCAAAAUGUUGUCCUGGCCUAAUGUAUAUUAAUAAUUGUGGUUUUUGCGGAGGCGAUCAUGAAUUUAAGCGAUGUCCUGCUUUUGGAGAAACAUGCACUAAAUGCGCCAAGCAGAAUCAUUUUUCAUGGAUGUGCUCUAAAGCGAUGUUAGUAAAAAAUUGUCGGUUCUGUGGCCUAAAUCAUAUGAUGGAUAGAAACAAAUGUCCAGCAAAGAAUAGUACAUGCUGCAUUUGCAAAAUUGUUGGUCAUUAUGAAGUAAAAUGCCGCAAUAACAGGACAAAUAAUGACGUAAAAUAAUAAGAAAUUAAGUAUUAAGAUAAAAGAUUUGAUUAUCUGUUUUUAAUCAACAUAUAUUUUAUUUUACUACAACUAUUAUAAGCUUUUACAUACAACUAUAUAGGUUAUGUAAGUUUUGGGACAAUGUCAAAUGUAUUACUUAUAAAUGUAAACUCUUUAUAUACCUUGUUGUACGCUGUAUUAAAUAAAGUUUGAUAAAAAAAAAAAGAAAUGAACAGAUUUCCUUCGAAUGAAUGAACACAUUUGUAAUUUGGAUAAAUUUUUCUUAACAAAAGAAUAUCGAAUUUGACUUCACACCGUUCGUAUAUAAUAAUAGACCCUGUAAAAUAGAAAAAUAAAUGAAAGAUUAAUUUGCAAAAUAAAACGAAAUAUAAUACGUAACAAAGUUAAUGAAAAUGAAUACGUUAGAAGAAUAAAUAAAUGAUAUUUUUAAUGCGACUUUCUUUAAUAUAUAGACCACUCCUUGACCGACCGACCGACCGACCGACCGAAUCGUUAUCCUUAACCAUCGAGCGGACCAGCAGGGGUAUGUGGGCGUUUUGUUACGGUAUUGGUACGCCGGCGCAGAAUCUACGACGGCAUAAAGAAAACGUAGGAUCCGUGCUCCUCAUAACGAUUCGAACAGUAUUCUGUGUAGGAUCUUCCCGAAUACGAUCUCAAUAAUGCCACCUAAAACCAGUGGAAAAGCUAUGAAAAA